ACCACAUAAAAGCCAUGACCUUGUUUGUUUAUACAUUGCUGCUCCCCCCCCUUUUUUUUUGAGAUCUUCAUACCGUAAGUGUUGGGCUGUUCAGGAAUAACGACUCCAAUCGCAGCCACCAUUUGCAUCAGGAUCCCGUCGAAGGAGGAAAGAAACACGAGCAUGAAUAGGAAACAUGCUAUUAAAUUUCUGGACAAGAUAUUCACUGAUGGGCCCAAACUAGCCCCAGAAGAGAAGCUCUUCUCCUAUAAGGAUGUCUUAUAUCCUGUUAUCCUUUGUCAGCCAGAAACUUUACAAGCUCUUGAAACCUUUGAAGCCCGGAUGGAUGAUAUAAUCUUGGCAGGAUAUCCUAAAACUGGUAAUAACUGGCUUACUCACAUCCUAAAUAGCCUGGAAAUCACUGCUGAAAAAUAUACAGAAGAGGAAAUGAAAAGGAGAAUUGACAUUGAAGAACAAUUGGCAAUGACUGAGCGCCUUGAAUUUGGGGAUCCAGGCAAAUUCAAGAGGAUGGCAAAACUGCCUUCCAGAAGGACCAUAGUAACUCAUCUCUCUCCUCAAUCACUACCCUCAUCUAUUUUCAAAAACAAAGCGAAGAUACUGGUGCUGAUUCGAAAUCCUAAAGAUACAGUAGUGUCUUAUUUUCAUUUUAAUGAAAAGAUGCCUUGUUUUCCUGCUUCAGCAUGGGAUGCGUACUUUACAGAUUUUAUGAAUGGGAAAGUGAGUUGGGGCUCCUAUUUUGACUAUGUCAAAGAAUGGGACAAGUAUAUCGAUGAUGAAAAUGUCAUGGCCGUAAGUUACGAAGAGCUAAAGGAGGAUCUGAAUUUGGGAUUGAAAAAAAUAGCUACAUUCUUUGGGUUUUCCCUGAAUGAAGAAGAGUUUCAAAGAGUUGUAGAAUUGAGCAGCUUCAAAGCUAUGAAAGAAACAGCCCACAAGAGCCAUGGAGCAUUUGGAGAAGUUCUUUUCCGCAAAGGGUGUGUUGGUGACUGGAAAAGCCUGUUCACAGAAUCUCAGAACCAAGCAAUGGAUAGAAAAUUUGAAGAGUGUUUGGCCGGAACUAAACUAGGAGCAAAGAUAAAGUAUGAGGUUUACUGCAAGGUCUAAGGAGGCAGCCCCACCCUUUGAAGAUCUGCCUGUCUCUUGAAUUGCAUCCGGAAAUAGUUCACUCUGCUUCUUUUGCGUGCCAUACAAUAUUUGGAGGGUAGCGUUGGGAUAUUGCCUGGCAGUACCAAGGCACAGUUAUAACAGGUGACUGAUUUGCUUGGUGUUUUAGUUACAAGUGUUCCCAUCUGUUUGCUGUAUAAUUGUUGUGAACUGUCCCAGAGAGCUCUGCUUUGGGGAGGUGUAGAAAUGUAAUCAAUACAUUUAAAUAAAAAUGUAAAUAAAUUCUU